AUGGACGGCCGUUCGGUGCCACCGGCUUCUGCAGCUCCUCCUCCCGCGCCGACGCAGUCCAGGGAGUCAAAACGGCCUCGGGCGACAGGUCAAGAGCCGGCGCGGUCACUCAGCAAACGCGCCCGGGUGACGUAUCGCGGUCGCAAGCGUCAAGCCGAGCCGGCGGCGCCGCAGCAGCCGGACAGCUUGCUCAGGACCCCGCCACGGCUGUUUCGCACCCUCGGGGCCAUCAAGUCCAUCGAUUCGUCUCCGCUGCCAGGGCACGUCGACAUCGCGACGCCCGUGUGGCGCAGGAUCCGCGAGCUGCCAGACACUCCCCCGGGGGCGCCGACGAAUGCAAUUCCUGCUCCGUCCACGUACAAUGGCUCGGCCGUCUGCUUGUCGGAGAUUGCAAGGGACAUGCGCCCGCUGCGGCAGAGGGUCGGCAGCGAACGAUACAGGAUCUACGAGGCGCUGCUGGAUUGGUUGAAGAGCUUGCUUCAGCUGACCAUGCCCGAGGCUUGCGAGCCUCGCGGGAACUCGCUCCUCGGCAUGUGCCUGCGCAAGAUACCCGCCUGUGUCGCCAACAUCGAGGCAUACGAGAGGCAGGUGGCGAGGGAAGAGGGGCGACAAACGGCGUGGGACGCCUGCACCGUCUCCUCGGAGCUGUACGAGCAGCUCGAAGCGCUUGGAAGCGCGGCCUCUGGAUGGCGGCCGCUGAAGCUGGCCGUGCGAUGCCACGCCAUCGCCAUCCUCACCGAGGCUGUGUCCGAGGCGCUAUUUGAGCCGACGUACGUCGGGCUUCUCGUGCGACUGUGCCUGCUGCUGCGCUGCCCCGACGAGGCAGCAAGACUCGGCGCGUCCACCAAGGUCGUCCUUCCGGUGCCACGAAGCAUGCUGGGCAGCAUGGCAGAGGACGAGCAACUCUUGCCGCUGGGCGAGCUGCUCGAUCCAUCAUCUCGCACCAUCCACCUGCCGUCGGCGGCGGGCUGUGUCUUGUCGCUCAUCCGAAAGGGUCUGUUGCCCACGCAAUGGCUCCACACCCGCCCCUUUGCGAGGCUGUGGGUGUCGGGGCUGGAGGCCGUGGCUGCGAGCAAGUCGGGGGCGUGCGUGACCGAGCUCUUGUCGACAUGCUUGCCGCUCCUAGUGGCGAGCGGGCGAGAUCAGGGGCAGGCACCGACGACCGAGGGCGAGCUCACACUCAUCAACAUCGUGGCCGGCUUGGCGGCGGCUGGUCUCUCCGUCGCCACGGAGUCUCGGGGAAGCAUCAAGGAAGGCAAGCGGAGACGGGCGUGGAGGCGGGUGCUUCUCGUGCUGGACGUCGCCUUCAACGCAGCCAACCAGCGAGGACGACGGACAAAGAAUCGGCCCUUCAUCUUCGCGCUCGCACGGCAUCUGGUGCUGACCUUUUCGUCGUUUGCGGAUGACACCUUGAGGCGACAGGCCCGGCUGGAACUGCAGGAAGUGGCGGCAAGGCUAGGAGGCGGUGCAGGCGGCAGGAUGCAACACCGCGAAGCGAUGCUCUUCAUCUGCUCACUCGCGCACUACCGCAGCAGGACCUGUGCAACGACACGCCGGCGUAGCGUGACCGAGCUGUGCGCCCCAUUGGAGAUGCUCCAACAGGCCGGCGGGCUGGCCCACGACCUGCAGACGGACGUUGCGUUCCUGUUGGCCCAACGGACCAAAGACCUACGAGACCUGGCCUUUGCGGAGAGCCUGGCCAGCAGCGCGGAGGCUGCCGACGGCAACACCUUGUCCUCCGGAUGGCGAUGGGAGGAGGGAAUUAGCGAAUGGGUCAUGACCGAUCGAGAGGUGGAGGAUGACAUCCUCGGCGGUGGCACGGAAAAGUCGAGCGAGGGUGAGGAAGCAAAGCUUGGCGGCCUCAGCUCCUGCCGCUGCGCCCGCGCCUGCCUCGAUCGUAGCAUCGGGCCCUGCGCCGGCAAGAGCGCUGUUGGCGGGAAGAAGGAGGAGCUUGAUGGUUUGCGGCAGGAGCGGUGGGUCGAUGGACCCCUGGUCCUCGCCAACAAUAUCUCCCAGCUUGCCUCUCUCCUCACCCUCGGCCUCAUCCCCAACCUCUUUCUCAGUCUCAUCCUCCAUCUCAUCCUCCAUCUCAUCCUCCAUCUCAUCCUCCAUCUCAUCCUCCAUCUCAUCCUCCAUCUCAUCCUCCAUCUCAUCCUCCAUCUCAUCCUCCAUCUCAUCCUCCUUCUCACCCUCCAACUCAUCCUCAAUCUCAUCUUCAAUCUCAUCCUUUACCUCAUCCCCAGCCUCCUCCUCAACCUCAACCUCGUCCUCACCCUCAUCGAGACAGAUACGGCAGUAGAUGAGUGGGACGACCUGAUGUGA